UUGAGGGCAUUUUGCAGUCUGUUCGUUCUUUAGGUUAUAACAUUUACAUCUGAAUAUCUUCAAAAUUAUUUACUUGAAUGCAAUGACAUCUCUUCUGGUAAAAGCCGUAAGACAAUCUAGAGCUCAGCUACCAGUUAUUCGGGUUGUGCGAGGAUUCUGUUCACCUCUUGUAGCAGCCAAAGCUCCGAUGCAAGUAGAACUAAAGGCAGACAAAAAGUAUUCCUGGUGUUCUUGUGGACGCAGCAAGAAACAGCCUUUCUGUGAUGGAAGCCACAAGGGAUCAGGCAUGAGUCCUCAUCGCUUUAGACUAGAAGAAGAGAUCCCUGAAGCAUUCCUGUGUUGUUGCAAGCAAACAUCAACCCCUCCUUUCUGUGAUGGUACUCAUGCAACGGAGAAGGUACAAAGUGCAGAGAUUGGAAAGCCUCUUUAAGGUGCUAUUAUUCAUGCUAUAAUUAUUAAAAAUAAAUUAAUUUUUGCAAUGUU